CUCAACUUUCGUCGGUUUAUUCCCUUCGUCUUCCACUCGUCAAAACAAUAACCUUCACAGAGACCCAUAUCUCUCUCUCUCUCUCUCUCUCUCUCUCUCUUCAAAAACCCUAAUUAAAGAAUUUCAUAAAACUUCGAUCGCACCAGAAACCUUAGAACAUCCCAAUUGCUUAAUUCCAAUAAAAAUAACCCCUUUAAUUCGAUCAGAGAACCGAUCAAUUUCAAGGAAAAACGCUUUAUAUAGAUAUACGUAUAAUCGUAUCGCAUUUAAAGUAUAUAUCUGUAUAUAUUCCAUCUGGUUUUCGUGAUCACGACUUCGAAGCCUCAAAUUUGUUGUGGGGCAUGUCGAAUUUGGGUCGGAGCCGGGUCCGGGAGGACAGAUUUUACAGCCCACCGGCGAUGAGAAGGUACAAUCAGCAACAACAGAAACAUGUACAACAAGAAGAACAGAAAGUACAACCCCAACGACAGCAAGAAAAGCAGCAACAAUCGGAGUCGUUGAUGAGUAGCAGCAGCAGUAGUGUCGUGACAACUAAUUUGGAUCGGUUUAUGAAGCACACGACUCCAAUUGUUACUGCUCAACAUUUCCCUAAGACUAGCAUGAAGGGAUGGAGGAAUCAAGAUUCCAAUUACCACCCAUACUUCAUACUUGGUGAUCUUUGGGAAUCUUUAAAGGAAUGGAGUGCAUAUGGAGUUGGAGUUCCUCUUGUGUUAAAUGAAAGUGACUCUGUUGUUCAAUACUAUGUCCCAUUUCUAUCUGCUAUUCAACUCUAUGUAGAUCCAUCAUCACCUCUAACCACCACAAGAAGGCCAAUUGGUGAAAGUGACUCUGAUUCAUCAAGAGCUACAAGUAGUGAUGGAAGCUAUGAAAACAAUGUUGCAAAAAACUUCAAUAAACUCAUGAUUAGAAGUGAUAAUUUAGAGGAAAACGAGAUUAGAAACCCACCUGGGCUUUUAAUCUUUGAGUAUUUUGAACGUGCUUUACCAUAUCAUCGUGCACCUUUAGCUGACAAGAUAUCAGAUCUUGCAUCAAAGUUUCCAGAAUUGAAAUCAUAUCGAAGCUGUGAUUUAACUCAAUCAAGUUGGGUUUCUGUUGCUUGGUAUCCUAUAUAUAGAAUCCCUGUGGGCCCAUCUUUACAAAAUCUUGAUGCGAGUUUCUUGACUUUUCAUUCUCUUUCAACACCAUUAAAAAGUGUGGAAGGUGAUAAGUCAAGUAUGAUUGAAGUUCAUGAUGUUGGGAUUUCAUUACCAAUUUUUGGGCUUGCUGUUUACAAGUUCAAGAGUUCUGAUUGGACACAAAGUGGGAUUCAUGGAGCUGAAAAAGUCGAUUCUUUGAUGCAUUCUACUGAGAAUUGGUUGAGGAGUUUGAAUGCAUAUCACCCUGAUUUUGUGUUUUUUAAAAAUCAUGACUUUUGGAGGUAGGAUUUAGGAAGAAGAUGUGGUGAAAGAAAUUAGGUAAAAGAAAAAAAGAAAAAACUGACAAAUGUUUAUGUUUUUGGUUAAAAAAAGUGAGUAGAAAGAGUCCAUGUUGGGGCUUUUGGAUGAUUUGAUUUGAAGGGUUUUUGUUUUUGGAAUGAUGGAACUUUGUUCAUAUGAUAUGGAUGUUGUAGUGUAUAAACUUAUAUUGUAGGAUGUGUAAACUAAUGUGGUAAAUUUUAAAUUAAUUUCUAGGAA